UUCCAAUGCAACGCGUCUUGAAUUUUGCGCAUGCGCAUAAAAAUCCUCACGUUUUCCGCGAACAUCUGAAGUUGAGUACUUCCCUUCUUUAUUCACCGCUGCUCUGCAUGUUUUCAAUCGACCUCUCUCCUUUAAAUGAGGGGCGACCAGCUGUGUGCGGUGUUUGUAGCCACUGUUUCCACACUCGUUUUUCCUCUGCGCUGUCAGGAAAGAAGCUCUGAUGACAGCCGGACUGAUUUCGGGUCGUUCAGAGAGCAAAUUCACCGCUUGCAUGAAGUCAACAGCGAGGAAUUCAUCCGUCAUCUCUAUUUUCAGAAUUCUACAGAGCGACACGCAUACCUGAACUCAAUUUCCACAACGCCACACUCUGCCAAGUACGGCACCAACCAGUUCUCUAACCUCUCACAGAAGGAAUUCAGAGAGCUCUACCUGCGAACAAUCUCUGACAAAGCUCCUCUCUUCUCUGGACUGAAGACAGAGGGGCUACCAGCCAAAUUUGACUGGAGGGAUAAAGGAGUGGUGGCACCCGUCCAGAACCAAGAAGCAUGUGGAAGUUGUUGGGCUUUCAGCGUGGUCGGUGCCGUGCAGUCCGUCCAUGCCAUAGGAGGCUCACAACUGGAGCAGCUCAGUGUGCAACAAGUUCUGGACUGCUCCUUCCAAAAUGAAGGCUGCAAUGGAGGGUCCCCAGUGCGGGCUCUGAAUUGGUUAAAGCAAACCAGAAUUAAAGUGGUGCCUCAGUCAGAGUAUUCCUACAAGGCCAAGACAGGAAUCUGCCAUUUUUUCUCCCAGUCACAUGGCGGUGUUGCUGUGAAGAACUUUGCUGCACAUGACUUCAGUGGUCAAGAGGAGGCAAUGAUGGGUCAGCUUGUGGAGCAUGGUCCUUUGGCUGCUGUCGUGGAUGCUGUCAGCUGGCAGGAUUACCUGGGAGGAAUCAUCCAGCAUCACUGCUCCAGCCAUUGGUCUAACCAUGCUGUCCUGGUUAUUGGAUAUGACACUACUGGGGAUAUUCCAUACUGGAUUGUGCAGAACUCCUGGGGAACUACAUGGGGGAAUGAGGGCUAUGUUUAUAUAAAAAUUGGCGGCAAUGUUUGUGGUGUUGCAGAUACUGUGGCAGCUGUUUAUCUUUGACAGCGUUAAGUUUAUUUUUGUUUGUGUGAGUGACUUUCCAUGUAUUAAAUACAGCCAACAUCAGUCACCAGUUUGCCUUCAAGGGUCAUGUUAAAUAAUGUUUUUUUAUUGAAAUGUCACCAUGUUACAUCACAAAGAAAAGACAAAAUAAAUCAUUUAUAUGCUGAUAAAUGUUGAAUCGUAACUGAGCAAUCAACACACACAACACUGCAAAUACUGUAAUAAUAAGAAUAGAUGCACUUUACAAAAAUGCAUCUUAUUAAAUACAUAAAGUAGAUACAUAUUAUUGGUGAUAUGGCUCAUAAAUUUAUCUAUACAGAGAUCACAUCAAUUACUGCAUAAAUACAUACAAAAAAGAA